CUCUCUCUCUCUCUGUGUCUACCCCAGAUCGACUCUUUUCAACAUUCUGAAAAAUUUUCAAACAAAAAACACCAGUUGUUAUCAAUCAAUCCAAUAAUGCGGCUUCCUGCUAGCACCAUUAAUUGAAGUUUUGAUUUAAGAUUAGUGGUCUGUGCAUUCAUUGAUGCAUGCAUAAAGUUUGGAAAUUGUGAUGUGGGUUUGGAAAAUAAGGACAGAAAAGGAUUAAAAGACGGAUUGGGUUUUUGUGUUUACAUUGAUUUUACGAGUAUUUUGAUUGCUGGUUCAUUUGGGUGAUCAUAAUAUGUAAAGGGAUGGUGACAACUACAUUGAGGAAGAUUGUGUCCCCAUGUUGGAAGCCAUCUGUUCAGAGUGAAGGCGAAAAUAGUGGUAGAGGGUCUAGAGGCAGUGAUACAAGCGGCCGGGUUGAUGGGUUGUGGUGGUAUAAAGAUUCAGGAAACCAUGUUAAUGGAGAAUUUUCAAUGGCCGUUAUUCAAGCCAAUAGUAUUGUGGAAGAUCAUAGUCAACUUGAAUCAGGAUUGAUGAGCUCGGUUGAGUCUGGUCAUCAAGGGACAUUUGUUGGAAUUUAUGAUGGCCAUGGAGGUCCUGAAGCUUCCAGGUUCAUCAAUGACCGCCUUUUCAAUAACAUCAAGACUAUUCAUGAUGCAGAAUUUACAUCAGAAAAUCAAGGAAUGUCAGCUGAUGUUAUAAACAAGGCAUUUUUGGCUACAGAAGAGGAGUUCCUUUCUUUAGUAAAGAAACAAUGGUCAAUUAAGCCACAAAUUGCAUCGGUGGGGUCGUGUUGCUUGGUGGGUAUAAUAUGUAGUGGACUGCUAUACAUUGCAAAUGCUGGCGAUUCUCGUGUGGUUUUAGGAAGAUUGGAAAGGGCUGUCAAAGAGGUCAAAGCCAUUCAAUUAUCAACAGAGCAUAAUGCAAGUUUGAAAUGUGUGAGAGAGGAAUUGCAUUCAUUGCAUCCGGAUGAUCCACAGAUUGUAGUGUUAAAGCACAAGGUUUGGCGUGUGAAGGGCCUUAUUCAGGUUUCUAGAUCCAUUGGUGAUGCCUAUUUAAAGAAAGCAGAGUUCAACAGAGAACCUCUGUUGUCAAAGUUUAGACUGCCUGAACCUUUUCACAAACCAAUCCUACUAGCUGAACCAUCAAUACUAGUGCAGAAGCUCUACCCUGAAGAUCAGUUUCUUAUAUUUGCGUCAGAUGGCCUAUGGGAGCAUCUUAGCAAUCAAGAGGCAGUUGACAUUGUCAAUGACUGUCCCCGUUAUGUAGGAUUUCCAUUUAUAUAUUUUGAGUUCAUAUCUGUAACAAUGUUGGUUAUUGUAAUCAGCCAUGUUUCUGACCAACAAGGAAAAAUGGCUUGUGAUGCUAUUCUGUGCUAUUACCCUGUUUUAGAUGUCAUUCUUCUAUGUAUCCAUUCGGUAAAAGGCUAAGGCGACUGCAGCUUCUCGGUGUACUUCAUCAACCAAAUCUUUUUUUUGUCUCUCUUUAAGUUAUACAUUAAGCAGGAAGGGUUGAUUUCUUCUAAGAAGUACUUUUAACAGUGCAUUGCUAAGAUCUAUUUUUUAUGUGUCGUUUAGGAUGUUUAGAAGUCAUUAUUUCUUGAAGUUGCUUUUGGAUAUAAGCUAAUAUUUCCUUACCUUUGCAGGGUAUUGCCAGAAAACUUGUCAAAGCUGCACUUCGUGAAGCAGCAAAGAAAAGAGAAAUGAGAUACUCGGACCUGAAAAAGAUUGAUCGAGGGGUCAGAAGACAUUUUCAUGACGAUAUAACAGUGAUAGUUUUGUUCUUAGACAGCCAUUUGAUUAGUCGCAGCUCAUGCCGUGGACCCAUGCUUUCAAUCAGAGGAGGUGGAGGUAUCUCUGCAGAAGCCAAGACAUAGUUUAAAAACGUUUUCAAUAUAUGCACUUGAACCAAAUUGACCCAUUUGUGUGGGAAAAUAUAUUUUCUUCAACAAGAAUAAUCUAUUGCUUCGUUUUUGGGGAUGUUAACGUAGAUGGUAGAGUUGAUGAUUAUGCCAGGAAGACGCGUUGGGAAAACAGGUGGUAACUGUCUGCUGAUUGGCAUAUGAAACUUGAAAAGCUAUGAUUGAUAACAUAUGUUGGAUUUUUCACUUGCAAAUCUAUACAAAAUAUUGCUGUUGAAGGUAAGACAUGAAACUGAGGAUAACAGUUCAGUCCUAAGGGAUGUUAGACAUUGAAGACUGAAUAAUCAAGACUUUAUUCUGAAUUUAAA